AUGGAUGGCGUGUGCGAACGGUGCUUAUUGGGACGGGAGGUUGUACUCGCUGAACUGCUCGGAUCUGGUGCAAACGGAAGCGUCUUUCUUGCGAGGCCUGUAUGUACAACUGGUACAGCAAGUGCAUUUCAAUAUCCGCAGCGCUUCGUUGUGAAGGUGAUGCGACGUGGUAUACUUCCAGCUGACGGUGCAGCGAUGAUAUUGAAAGAAAUUGAUGCAAUUCGGUCGCUGAAUCAUCCCUUCAUUGUGCGGUACGUAGGUGCUUGGGUGGAAAGCGGUGUGGGGGAACACUGUGGGAGUGUUUGCUUGGCAAUGACACAUUGUGAUGGUGGUGACCUACACGGGCUUAUUCGUGAGUACUCCCUUCGUGAGGAGUUUGUCCCUAACGAACUCGCUAUGAUGAUAAUGUUGCAGAUACUCUCAGCACUGAACCACAGUCACGCGCAGCACAUAAUUCACCGCGACAUCAAACCUGCCAAUCUGCUUCUUGUUCGUAAUGACAACAAGGAGGGGUCGGUGUCGAAGGCCCUUGUCGGGGACUAUGGGCUUGCACGUCCGCUGCAGCAGACGACGGAACUUGCACAGACGCGUGUUGGAACUCCCUGUUACUGCUCACCAGAGAUUGUUGCCGGGGAGGCAUACAGCAGCAAGACGGACAUAUUUUCCGCUGGUGCAACCUUUUUUGAACUCCUAACACGGCAACGUGCUUUCUGGAAGAAGCACUACACGGAGCAACAGUCUUUCCAUGCUAUCCUGAACAUGGACCCUAUGCCUUGUCUUAGGCAGAUAGCGCGAGGGCGAUACGAAACGUGUCUCGUACGCGCUGUGGAGGCAUGCCUUUGCAAGAACGAGAGGGGCCGGCCUACUGCGUAUGAUUUGCUCGUGGGAUUCGCAUCACGUCUGACGUCAUACGUGCGGGAGAAAGGCAUACCUGUGUGUCGCGAAGCCCCUAAGGUUUCUCCACUGCGUGCGAUUAUGGAGUCUCCAAUACGCCGGAUUUCGCCUGUCACACCUGUACGUCGACCCCAACCUCGCCCUGACAGCGGCUCACCUAAACAUAAUGUCUCUCCAAAGUGCAGGCAAUCUUUACGUGCCACUCCAGCUACACCAAGGGUUGCUGCAGCAUCAGUUGACAGUGAGAAACUGGGUUCCAAUUUGCUGGAACAAUUGCUUCAGGUAGCAGAAAAGGGUGUGGGAGACAAAGCAUGGGUUGCGAAACUACGGCAGUUGCUUGAUGGAGAUCUCGAAACCCUUUUGCUUGUGCAUGUUCUUAUUGCCAAGCGGAGGCAUGAUAAAGAGUUGCUUGAGAACGGUCUAUUCAAAGUAUUAUUGUCGCUAAAACCUCAUGUUGAUGUGGAGCAGGUUGUUUCGUGGGUAUCGCAGAAGAUUGUCAAGUGA